AUGGCAGCGUCCAUCCAACAGAUGGCGAGAAGCAUCACCGGUCCUCGCGCGUCGAUGAUCCGGGACAGCGGCGUGAACGCGCGCACGCUGAGCAGGGAGGAGUACGACCGCCUCGAGGCGGCGAAGGCGAAGGCCGCCAAGGAGGAGAAGCGCGAGCUCAAGCGCAAGCGCCGCGAGGAGAUCUUCCCCUCACCCCCAGGGUGGAACCCCUUCGCGCCUCAAGCGCGCGUCUUGUUCCCGGUGGCUGACGAGCCAGAGACAGCUCGCCCAGUUCCAGAGCGGGAGACCAAGCGUAUCAAGCGCGAGGUCGUGGUGGCUGACGACGGCAAGGUCAUCAAGCAGGAGUCGCCCGAGCCUGAAGACGAGGGCGUCGAGAUCAUGCCUCAGUGUCUCAAGCCCGCGACGAGGACCUUCGACGGCAGACUCGUCAAGCAGGAGUCACCUGAGCCUGAGGCCAAGGAGUGGAAGCUCGUGCCUGAAUGGGUCAAGCCCGCGGGCGUAACCUUCGAUGGCAAAGUCGUCAAGGCGGAGUCCGAGGACGACUGGUAA